AAGCAAGGAGGAUGUUGCAGCCUUACAGGUGAAUCGUACAAGUUGUGAGGAUGAGAUAAGGUGGGAGAAUAAUUUGCUAUGUCGGAAAUGCUUGCCAAUUUCCGAGUAUCUACCGAGACUUUUGCCAAAAUUCUUGCAGCUACGGUGCAUUAUAAUAAAUCGUAAACGCACGUGCUAACUGGAUAUAGAAGCCGGAGCGGUUGACAGGACAGUGUACUGGAGUCAGCCACCACACGGAGGAAAGCCGUCAUGAUACUUGAAUCUCUCCUAUUAGUCGUUGUGCUUCUGGGCACUGGAAAAGGCUCAGGAGUGCGACCCGGUCACCGCUACAGUGCCCCGCUCCUGUACAACGACAAUGUAGCGAGGUUGAUGGAGGAGAGCCUGACGCCGACGGAGACUUGCGGCACGGGGUGUUGUGUGCAGGUGAACGGCGAAACCGUUCUAUUAGAUCUGCGCAGCGAAAUACCUGACGAGAACGAUCCUUGCACCGUAAAAGAAUGCACGAUGUCCGGACUGGUCGGGCGAGAACGAACCUGUCAACCGGUGAAAUGCAAUAAUGGUGAUGCUCCAGUCAAAUAUCCUGGCAGUUGUUGUCCUAGAUGCGUUGGUGAGCGAGUGGAAGGAAACUGUGUCUUCACACAGUGGACAGCCUGGGGAAGUUGCAGUGUGACUUGCGACCAGGGGACACAAGUCAGGAAGAGGCGUGUUGCUAGUGUUGAAGCCGAUGGUGCAGAUUUUUUCAACUGCACUGGGCAACUGACCGAGUUGAGAGUCUGCAUAAACCUUCCCUGUGGCGGAUGUCCAAAAGGUACCAAAGUAUGUGACACAGAGUGUGUUCCCAUUGGCUCUGAUCCAGACAACGACUGCAGAGUUGAAGAUAACUGUCCCACCGUGAAAAAUCCAGACCAAACGGACACUGAUUCAGAUGGAGUGGGAGAUGUGUGUGAUAACUGUGUCGAAGAGCAGAACCCCGGUCAGGAGGACAGCGAUAAGGAUGGGAUUGGAGAUGCCUGCGAGGAGGGAAACAAAGGAGAGACUGGUGGAGGUGGUGGUGGAGGGAUCUGCAUCAUCUGCAUAGUCAUCCCCAUAGCCAUAGUCCUGGCCAUCAUCCUGGCUCUGGCUGUCCUCCUGGCUCUCUGUCUCUGGUGCAGAUGGAGAGCUACUCCAGUCACUGCUAUCAAGAGGAAAAGAAGCACCUUCAGAGGGGAUCCCCACAACAACCCCAUGUACCUGGAUCCACGCACAGUCACUGCUGCUGGAGACUAGAGUCGCUCCUGGCACUCAUCAUACCCACUAUCAACACUACUUAGCUACCACUUUUUUUAACAAUAUCAGUUUCAGGGGUAUAAUCCAUAGGAUAUCAGUUCUGCUAUUACUAUUAUGUUAGUUCCAUUGUAAUCAGUACCCUGUGGUGCAAUUUGUAAUACAUGCCAUGUAAAUAAUUAUUAUGAGUUUUUUUUACUUA